UCUGGCUGGAUAUCAACAACAGACUGAAACGGACCGCUAAUGAUGGUGUGCCGUUUACAUUCAAUUUGAAUACACAAUUCCACUGGAAAUAUAAUUUUACAGGUCUGGGAAUUGCAUUGAUAGAUCAAUGUUUCGGUUCGGACUCGCGAAAAGCGAAAUUACGGGGGAUUUCUCGUCGAGCUGGUAGCAGGUGAUGGCGGAGAGAGGUGAAACUCGAAUAUUCAUGCCUUCCUGUUAAUGAAACUCUAUCACGAAUUCCGUGCAAGGGUUGCCACCCGCCAUGUUAAGAUAAAGACACAGAUCACUGUGUUGAACAUGUUAAAGCGAUUGGAUAAGAUAAGGUUCAGAGGACCCAAGCGAGAUGAGUUCCUGGACCUUGCCGAGUCCCCCAACGCAUCUGACAGCGAAUGUAAUGAUGACGUCCCGGUAAAACAGCGGAGCUCCAUCAAAGACACAGAGGAGCUGAGAGACCCUGCUGGUUCAGGGACUCUGACCAUGUCUUCUGCCAUCCAGGACUACCAGAAGUGUGAAACAGACAGACUCAAUGAGGUCAAAGGUCAUCUGGAGAUAGCCUUACUGGAAAAGCACUUCCUUCAGGAGGAGCUGCGGAAGCUUCGGGAGGAGACGAAUGUUGAGACACUGAAGCAGGAUCUUGAGAAAGAGAAGUCGAAAAGAGUUGAUCUCGAGCAGAAAAUGAAUGAAAUUCUCAGAUCCAGACUAGAAGAUUCACCGCCUCCACCUACAAAGCCACAAGUUACUGCUGUCAACGGGACAGGGGACAAACAGAAGGAGAUGUUAUGCUCUCGCUUGUGGAAAUGGCUCUAUGAGCGCUUUGGUGUUUAUAUCGAAGACUUUCGCUUUCAGCCUGAAGAGAACACAGUUGAGACUGAGGAACCAUUAAGUGCUAAAAGAUUAACAGAAAAUAUGAGACGACUAAAACGGGGUUCUAAACCUGUAACUAACUUCAUGAGGAACCUUUCUGCCUUAUCCAGCUGGCACUCUGUCUACACAUCAGCCAUCGCCUUUAUUAUCUAUAUGAAUGCUGCCUGGCAUGGCUGGGUUAUCCCCAUGUUUCUAUUUUUAGCCAUUCUGCGGUUGUCCUUGAAUUACCUCAUAGCAAAAGGUUGGAGGAUACAGUGGAGCAUUGUGCCUGAGGUCUCAGAACCUAUGGAACCUCCAAAGGAAGAUCUAACAGUCUCAGAGAAGUUCCAGUUAGUCCUGGAUGUUGCACAGAAAGCACAGAAUCUAUUUGGAAAGAUGGCAGACGUAUUGGAGAAGAUCAAAAACCUGUUCAUGUGGGUGCAGCCUGAAAUCACACAGAAAUUGUACAUUGGUUUGUGGGUAGCCUUCAUUGCUUCCUGUUUCCUGCCAUACAAACUCAUGGGCUUCAUGAUUGGUAUCUAUGCCGGCAUUAAAUUCUUCAUCAUCGACUUCAUCUUCAAAAGCUGCCCCAAACUGAGGGACAAGUAUGACACGCCCUACAUUAUAUGGACCAAUUUACCCACUGACCCACAGCUGAAAGAGCGUAACAACGCCACUCUUAACAGACGGCUGUCUGGCUUUGAAAAGCAGAUCCAGCCUGUGGUAGCACGCGGUAGCCAAGCAGCUGGAAUGCCGUGUGGGAUUGGUCGUGAGGAGGAAAGUGGAAGGGCCUGCAACACCAAAAGAGGCCCCUUUCAUGAAGUCUUCAACCUGUCUGAGAUUGAGCGCCCUUUGCCAGUGUGCGAGAACGGAUGGCGAUGUUGCUUGAUCAACAGGGACAGAAAAAUGCCGACCGACUACAUCCGCAAUGGUGUUCUCUAUGUGACGGAAAAUUACCUGUGUUUUGAGAGCUCCAGCUCCAGGGCUACUUCCUCUAAGAAGAAUAAAGUCAUCAAGCUCCUCGACAUCACUGAUAUUCAGAAGUACAAGGUGUUAUCAGUGUUGCCUGGAUCUGGGAUGGGUAUCUCAAUUACCAUGCCAUCCACUCUAAAGCCUCUAGUGUUUGGUGCCAUGAUUCAUCGAGACGAGGCCUUCGAUGCCAUCUACACUCAGUACACGAAGAUCAUGAGUUCUACAAUAGCGACCACAGUCACUAACCCAGAGACAUAGGACACAAGCAGGCUUUAAGCCUCAACCAUAUGAACACUGAGUCACACAACACAAAUUAGUCCAUAAGUCAGUUCGAACCUUAAUGUAGCACAUUAAUCUAACUCCUAUGGCUUCCAGUUGUUAUCUACGCCAUCUCAAGGGCGCAAACCGAAAGCUGGACUACCAAGAAACUGUUUUUCAUAUUCUCUUUUUAGAUUAUAAAUAAGUAUUAGGAGGUGUGUUUUAUACAGUGUUCGCUCAAAAGACAUUCUAUAAUCGUCACAAGUGUUUGUCAGGAUGUGUCUUAUUUUAUAAGAUAGGAGUGUAGUUGUACCUCUUAUGUGUCUUGUGUUCUAUAACAGCAAAAUGCCACUUUGGAACAGGAGCUGGUUCUCCUUCAUUAAAAAGACUCUGAUAGAGGGCUUUGUAUGUAAUCAGACCAUAUAACCCAUCAUCUCUGUGCUUAGCCCCAUUUUCUUUCAUUUAAUUGCAUCACCGCUGGCCUUGCACAAAGAAACACAUUGCACUUAGUGGUGUUGAGAGCUUUUAGAUGUGAUACAGGACGAUUUGGGGGACAAAGAAACAGACUUGACCUCUAUUUCUCAUUAUUCAUACCACAUAGCUAGGUAGGCAAGCUCCAUAAUACUUAGUACAUAUUUUAAGGCAAAAACACAAAUCUGAAUGGGCAAAGCAGCUGACAUCUGCCAUACACACAAUUCCUUGGUGUCAUCGUUAUUCUAUCUUCAGUAGUUUUAGUGUACUUGUGUUAAGACAUUAAAGACACCCUCAUACAUUUUAACUUUUUAAAUUGUAUUACAUUUUAAGGGAUAGCUCACCCAAAAAUGAAAAUUCCAUAAUCAUAUACUAACCCUCAUGUCGUCCAAAGUGUAUGACUGGUAUAAUAUUUAGGCUACUUGGACAUUCUGCUAAAUAUAUCCUUUGGUGCUCCAACGAAGAUAGACUUACAGUCCUAGACAUUUGGAAUGACAUGAGGGUGAGUAAAGUAUGACCGAAUUUUCAUUUUUGGGUGAACUAUCCCUUUAAAAGCACAAAAAUAUCACACCUUACCCAUAAAAUGAAUGUGCACAGACAAACAAGUGUGGAAGACUGUUCAAGCUGAGCAGGAAUAAGAUAGUUAUAUAAAAUCUUAUUUUUCAUCAUUGUUAUAUUUGAUUCCCGGGAUUAUAGAAGUAUUUGGUGCCUGCUUCAAUGCUAUUGGCACUGCUUACAUAAAUUAAAUGUUUUAAUAUUGCAAAUUCUCAACCCUAUAAUAUAUUUUUAGUCUUAUAUCCUCAGCUUAUUUCUGUGUGGAUGUAAUAUAUUAUAAUUAUAAUGAUUUUUCACAAUGUGCAUUUUGUAGGGAACUCAAAAAUAGAGUUGCUCUUCUUUGACAUGCUACACUUUUAAAUACGUUGCUGUACUUUCUUUACUCCUCCAUGGAUAACAUUUUUAAUUUAACUUUUUGCAAUGCAGACUUUAAAAACUUACAGGGGGAGAGAGUAGUUUUUCAUACCAAGUGUUUAGUAUAUCAUGGUUUUCUUGCUUUUUUUCUUUUCUUUUUUUCUUUUUCAACCCCCAACACUUUUCUGUCAAAUUAAUUGCUUUAAUGUUUAUGCAUUUCAAAUUGUGCUGUGUUGAAUUGCACUUUAGACAGUAGGCUUGGUUUUUCAUUUGUUUAAAAGCCUUAUUACUUUCCUGCCUUAUGCAGCCUUUUUUUCUUUUUUCUUUAGAACCAUUUGCCACUUUAAUUUUCCUUUUGAGUCAGUAUAUGUCUAUUGGAGGAGAUGCUGGACUCCUUGGAUGCUUUUUUACCAUGUAGCACUUUUCAAUUCCAUAUUAAUUCUGUUGAUUCAUCCAGUUGAAAAAAAUUACCAAGAAUGAUUGUCAUUUGCCAAAUAAAUAUGUGUAUUGUUUGCGCUCUGUCCUGCCACAGCCCUCAAAUUUUGUUUACAGAAAUUAGUGCUGAUCUCACUGUCAUAGGCUUUUUUGAUCCCCAGACCAAUGGGGGCAUGAAAAUUAGCUUUUGUUUUUGCCUGUAACUAUUAUUGAAGGUGCUGGAAAAGGAUGGAUUUUAACAUUUUAAAUGCCUUGUGAAAACAUUUCAUGCUUUUAUUUGAUAUGAGUUUAUACUGCAUUCAUUUUUGUUUUUCAUCCAUUUUUACAAAUUUGAUUAUUGUUUCAAGAAAAGUCCUUAUCUAUAGAAUUAAGGCGUGGUGUUGUUGUAUUUCUUUGAUCAUCUUUCCAUGUUCCUGUUGUUUUAUAUUUCAAACAUCUGUGUUUUUGGUUGUAAAAAAAAAAAAAAAAAAAAAAGUUGUUGAAUUUAGAUUGGUGCAGCUGCCCAGUGACUGGGAUUCCAUAGAUUUUGCAGAGGAACAACCACCAUAAAUUUGAGUCUUCAUGCCUGAAACUACUCAGAAAUGAAUAAUAAUGAAUAAAUCUGAUGUGCUGAAUGUGA